AUGGCUGACUUUGACGAGGAGGUUGGCAGCGGAUCUGUGUCGGGGGCAUCCUCAUUGACGCAGAUUCACAACGACGAUCACGGCAUGCAGAGUGACUCUGGAGACAGCGUCGAUCGGAUGGAGCAUCGACGCUCCGCUCGCGCAAUGGAGCGGACCACUGCACCCGGUCACGGUGAUGACCAAGAAGAACAGAGUGGUGGUAUGACUGUGGUGGUGGCGGCUGAUGCCGAAACCUCGCAAACCGCUGUCAAACACGAGGCGGCAGAACGAUUGGCAGAGGAAAGCUCAAAGCCGACUCAGCUAGCCUCUGCCUCUGCCACCCCUGCCGUUGCCGCUGCCCCUGCCCCUGCCCCUGCCUCCGCCUCCGCCACAGCUGCUUCCCCUGCUACAGCCGUCGAUACACAGCCUUUGGUGAGAGCAGACCUCAACGAUGAAGCCGGCGAGGAGGAUGAUGAUUUUCCACCAGAUUCCGAGCCUUGUCAAUGUCGCUACCUGGGCUCGUAUGACGUACCGAAUUCCCGUCAAGCCGGUCCCGAGGUGUGCAUGAAUGUCAUCUCCUUCCUGCGCCAGCAACGUCGGCGCGAUGUCUUCCGUGACGGUGUCAGCAAGCAAUUGGCCUUGGCUAUAUCUUGCCGGCGUGGGAUGAUGCGGGGUGUCCCCACCCCACCCCGGCAGGGCGCGCGUGGUCUUCAACACCCACUCGCUCGCAUCGUCACCGUGGGUGACCACGAAAAUUGCGUCUGUUAUAUCCUGGGCCAACGCCUGGGGCAAGACGUUGUCCUAACUGCCUACGUUUUUGAGUUUGCCAACAUGUACGCUGCCAACUAUGUGGCCUCGGAGAUUGUGCGGUAG